UGCACUGAGUUUCUCGUUGCAAGGUUGUGCUAUUGAAGCUUCAACACAAACUAAAACUUUUGCCAUAUUAGAAAUAUACUGAAGAUUUAAAGUUUAUAAAGAAAUUAGCUUAUAAGUACAAGAUACAUACAUAUAUGUAUACUCUUACAAAGGAUCUGAGAAGUUGUUUGGUGUGGAUAACGGAAUUAAACGACUACACCUAUGGUGGUAUGAUUUUAAUAGAGGCUUGUGAAAUAAUGAAUAAGAAAACUGGAAAAACGAGAAUUCGUCCCCAACCAAAUGAUGAGGCUGGUAUAAAUGGACAGGAUCUUCAUAAAUCUGUAUUUACUACAUUUGAUAACUGUAUAAUAUAUUUCUUUGCUUCGUUCAAGGUACAUGUGCCCUGGAAUCCUCCGGUUGGAAAAUAAUUAAGCAAGUGUGGAUCUUAAACAGCUGACUGAAAGAAUUCGGAAUUAAUAAUUAUCUUUUGAAUAAUGAUUAGAUAGUAUCAUACCAAUCUGAAAAUAUGUACAUAUAUUGUAAGCACCGUCAGUUAUUUUGCGUAGUAUAAAGUGACAUCAGACGGAUAUGAAGGAUUAAUCUAAAAAGCCUUCUGAUCUCGAUAACACCGAUGAGAACUAUAAGAAAGCUUUGCCGCUUCCAAACACUACUUUGUAUAGAGGUCACGAGUGCGAGGCCGCCUAAAAAACACUUGUAAAACAUGAACACAUACUAUGUGCAAAUUGAUUAAUCAUUAUCGAGAAUAUACUCGCACAUAACUCCUUAUUCAUUGCCUGCGUUAUGAAACUUUGUGAAGCGGUGAGAGCAUUUGGUAAUGUUGUCUUUGUAAUUAGAUCCAUUGCAAAGAUAAAUUGUUUAGACUUUGUACGCACGUAGUAUUCAUAUAUGCAUACAUAUGUACAUAUAUGUAUGUAUAGAUAUGCUUAAAAACCAGCAUAUGCAUGUAAACUCAUCGAGGUCUAACUGUCGUAAGCAUCAUUAUCGGUGCAAUCACAAUAAUUGUAAUUAUUUCUACUUGUAUCACCAUAACUUAAAGCUAAUCAACAUACCCGUACACUACGCACAUUGCAAGCUAACUUGCCCACAUACACGUGUACAUAUGUAUGUACAUACAUACAUUCUCGUAUAUGCGUGCGGACUCUAAAUAAGGCCUUUGCAACUUCUUCGGGUUGACUUUUUAGCAAAUUGUGUGUAACCAUUUAAUAAGAAACAGUUUCACGAGCAGCUAUGUGCAUCCAUGAUAAUAAUAUUGGAAAUACGAAAAGACUUUUUCGACUACCCAAUACCAUGCUUCUUACGAAUAUUUCCACAAACACAUAAAUGCGUUUUGAAAUUAGUUCUCAAAAACCAAUGCGAAUUCGAAAACAAACACAAUCAAAUUUGAAUAAAAACAGAGGCUUUUCACAAUUUAGUGGCUGCCCACGAAUCCAAAAGUCUCGACGGCACUCUAAUGAAUUUUGAUCGUACCAGUAGAAUAAUUUGAUUAGAGUUUUUUUAAAUAAAAUCAUUAAUUUUACAAGCAAAAUAUUCAGGCUUUGAAGAAAAGCUACAAAAAGGGGCAAAACCUGGUCACUUUGUGCAUCAAUAUUCGUAUGUGUGUGUGAGAAGGUGCACAUGCACGUAACAUCAAUGCAAAACGCAUAAAGCCUUGAAUUGCUGAAUCAUUUGCCAAUUCAUCGCCAAUGGGUUUUGGCGGCGCCUGCGAUCUCCCUGCGUUCACCGAAAGCUGCGGCUAUGAAUGGCAUUUUCUUGCAUUCCUCCAGCCUACAAAGAAUUUAAAUAAUCGAUGCAUUCAAAUAAAGUCACAUUGAGGCCACCGAAAUGUGUUAUUCCGAAUGGGAUAGAGACAGAGAGUAGACAUCGCAUUUCUCAAGCAGACAGUUUGGAAGCUCGUGUAUGCAGAUGCCUGCAGAGGGGAAUGCGGAACGAGCAUGGGUUGGAAGUAUUUUGGCCAAGGUAGAAUGCGCAUGUUGACAGGGCUUUAUCCAUUGUUGUGCUCGCAGUCAGUAUUGCUUAUAUGUAUUUUUAUAUAUUAAGAAAAGAAAACAAUUAUACAUAACAUAUGUAUGUGUACGAAAAUAUGUAUAAUAUGUACAUAAUAUGCCUUCUUACGUGCACUGAUACUUUACCGUUUACAGCAACCGAAACAUCGCCUUCUUACCCCGAUUGCCUUUGGCCUUUUGAGGAUUUUGUCCAUGUGCAUUCCGGAGUAUUAAAUUAUAUUUAUUGUAUAAGUAUAUGUAUACAAAUGUCCAUAUUUUGUGAUAAAGGUGUGCCACCAAACUUCUUUUUAUGUUUUGCUUAGUUAAUGAGAUUCCUGUAUGUACAUACAGACAUACAUAUGUAUCUAUAUAUAUUGGUAGGCGAACACAACUACAAUUACUUUCAUAAUCAACACACCAACAUUAUCUUCAAAUGAAAGCAUACCAUUCGGCGCAAAGAAUUAUAUUAGUUCGAAACACACAUAAACGAAAAAUCUCCUGCAUCAAUUAUUAUAUUUUGUUUCAGAUUUACAUACAUAUACUCUAAUUUAUUCAUCGCAUAGUACGAAACAUGUAUUGCAUUUAUAAACAGAAGUGUGUGCUAAAUUUUAAGCCUCUAUUGGUGAUCGCACUAAUUUACUCUUUUACUAAUUUUAGCUCAACAGAGAAAUGAGGAAAACGAGCAAAUGCAGGCAAACAGCCAUAAAAGAGCGUGAGACCAACUCAGCCACUCAAACCCCAAUUGGAUGAUGACAAGAAGACGUGAUUUGUGCUUGAUCGACUUUUUUCCGAGAAGUCAUCUCAGUAGCUGAGAACGUCUACAGUCUCCACCCACUGGAGUGCUAACACAUUAACAAAAGAAGAUUAAGUGGAUUAAAAACUGGGGCGUAGCGAUACAAAAUUUUCGUAGGGCAGAAUAGCCUUUCCAAUAACAACAUUUUGAGCAGAAAAAACUUGAAGAAGUUAAGUCUACUCGUACGCUAAACACAAAUAACGGCUUAACGAAAGCACAAUUGGCUGGCGAAUGCAAAAAUACUAAAGAGUUAAGCGAACAGUAAAGAGUUGGCGUUGCUGUGAGUACCCAAAGAUUUCUCAGAGCGUACUGUAAACAUCUCUGAGUCGGUAGGUGCUAUCUCGCGAAUUAUUGGCGUUGUGGAACCUAUUGCAUAUAUGCUUAUUUAUAUUCUGUUUAUAAAUAUGUUCACAUAUACACUUGUGUUGUAGCAGCAGUCGAUAAUUCUCCCAGAUCUUUUAGCCGCCUUCUGUUUAGAGACAAUAUUUUGAAGCCUGAGCUUUUCUUUCAUUAUGCGGUGGUAUUAGGCAAUGGACUUAAUACGUAUAUACUUGUAUUUUCGAAUGCUAUAUGUAUGAAUGCAUAUAUUUGCCAUUGUUUGAGUUGGUAUUUUCCUAAUGAUAGUAGAGAAGAUCGGCAAGCCAACAAAGCGGCGAGUACUCGAUCGUAUCCUCGACACAAUUGGACAUUUUCCAGCAGUGAUGUGCAGUGAAGCUUCGAUUCGAACGCAAUUGGAAGGCGGUCGGAGUGUUCACUUCAUUGUCCGAUUGUCUGCCGGUGCGUUUGUUUGAUCGGUGCACGGGAAGAUCGCGUUUGUGCAAACAACUUUGUUGAUAUGGUAUAUGUAGCGGCACUACCGUGUUCAAAAGUUAGCAAAAACUGGAGAGAUUAUAAUGUCACUCGGAUAUCUUGCAUUGUGCUUUUUGGUUGGCAAUCGUUAUUAAUUAUUGUGAUUUUUUCGCAUUGUGUACCGCGCGUUACAUUGUUGAAAACCAUCGGCUAGCGAUCAACAAUCCACGACGGCAUUUCUCAGAAGCUCCGGCAAAGAGUGUUUGAAUAAGUGAUCCGAAUUUCGGGAGGCGCGUUUGACGAAUUGCGAAGCUGGUGCUCGGGAGAACUGCGUUAAAAUUAUGCCUUCGUAAAUGUCGAUAUCAAUUAAAUAAUAUUGAAUAUAAACUAGACUGGUUUUAAUGGUCUUGAGUUUCCUGAUUAAUGCAAAAAUAAAAAAUAAAAAGACUUACGAUGCAAGUGGACUAGGAGUGGUUGUGGUAGAGCCGGAGUUACUUAUGUCAAAUAAUCGUUGAGUUAAGUUUCGGUAUGCCAUUGUUGCUAGCAAAUUAUCAAUCGGGUAUUGUUGUUGCUCAAGCGGCAUACGGCAUGCUACUGGAUUACAAUAACAUUUGCGUGAUGAAUAGAAUAAAUGCUGAUGACAAGCACAACCGCAAGUAUUUCCUUGAAUCACCGACACAUGAUUUAUUGGACGAUGAGAAAAUAUCCUUACCGGCGGUUGGGUCGGGAACAGGGUCUGCCAUUGAGCCAUUUUCAUAUCACGAAAACGUUGACCCAUACUAUCAAAAAGAGACACAACAACAAAUAAACGCUCAAUACAAUUCCAUGGCACCAAGUGGCAGUGGCCCAACACCUCUUCAGUAUUUAAACAAUAUCUUCGGGUUAAAAGCUCCGUCACAAACAGCGUUUGCACCCCCAAAUAUCUCGUCAGAGGAUGCUUUUAAUUGGAGUAGUUUUCAGUAUUUAAAUGCGACCAGGCAUUUUGAACCCAACCACUGCGAUAAUCAAGCUCAAGAAAUAUGCAGCAGUAAUGUGCCCCAGAAGCAAUCUCGCUUUUCUCUACUGUCAACAGGUAUGCCAGCUGAUCUGUCGAACCAAUUCAAUCAAGCGCCAAUCGGAGUUACCGCUACGUCUGCGUUGAAACGUGAAGGUAAUACGAAUGAUUCAUCAAUGAAAAAGAGUCCAACGCGCGUAUCUCUAUUGGCAGCGACGUUGAAUGAAAUAACAUACUCUCUACCGAAAGGGCCUGGAGCGACAGCAAACGCGAUCACAACAGCCUCUGUUGCAGCGGAAGUCAAAGCCAGAGACAGAGUCAGCGGAUCAGCGGUAGCUGAAAGUCCAGAAGUGGUAGCAGUUGAGGCGGCAACGACGAAACAGCCGUCAGCGAUUUCCAGUCAAAAUAACCCUUCCCUGCGCGGCAUGCAAAACAUUAACGAUAUCAGCCGAUUGGCUCGAUCGCCCUCGCCACUGCAAUAUCCUGCGUCCGAUUGUGGGGACAAUAAUUCGGUAGCGGGGAAUUCGAGUGAUCGCUGCUUGUCACCGCAGAGUCCGCCUAUAUUUGCUACGCCACAGGACGAACACCAACAACAUCAGCUGCCAACUCUAAAGUCCCACUUGUUGGAUGUGUUGAACCGAGGCGACACUACGUUGGAGUGCAAAUUAGGUGUUGCCAAAGAUGUUGAGCAUAUGAGGGACACAGAGUCCGGUGCGCUUAACUUAACCAGUGAAAGUUCGCGACAAAGUUUGCAAUCACCGUCACCGUCAUUGAAAUCGUUGCGCGCCGGCCGCUCUACACCUACAACGACCGCUUGCGAAAGUGCGGCACCCUGUUUUACUAACAACACAUAUCCAAUGCCAAAUAUUUCCUCGCAACAGGCGCAACUUGCUGUGGCGGCGAGCGCAGGCCUGGGUCUUGGCAGUCCGCUGUUUCCCCACGCACUCAACACCUCGAUCUCACCGCAAGACUUUACACAGUUCCAGCAGGCACUACAACAGCAGCAAACCGCACUGCACCAACAAUUCCAGAGCUAUAUAGAGAUUUUGCGCAGCGGUUCGUUAGGCAUAUCGCCAGAUGACCCGAGCAUGGCCACUCAAGUUGCUGCCGCUCAGUUCCUAUUUCACAGCCGUGUACAGGCGCUCACUCAAGCAACCCAGCAACUGCAGUCUCUUCAGAAGCAGCAGGAAUUACAGAAACAAUCCCAUCUUCAGCAUCAACAACAACAGAGAGAAGAAACUUCAAAAUCUUGUAAUUUGCACACCUCAACGCCGGCCCACACGCCCGUACAAAGUCCCGCAUCAUCUCCACUGCCGCUACAAACGAAUUUUAAUAUGAAUGCGCAUAGUCAAAUAACGCCACCCAACCCGGGCACUAGUCUGAAAGUGAGUGGGAUUCUUACGCCGAAUACAAUUAGCGGCGCCCCACAAACGCCUCAAAUGCUAAAACAUGCUGGCGCCGCUCAACGCUUGGCUGGGGAACCGUCGCCAGAGGAAACCACAGAUCUCGAAGAGCUUGAACAGUUCGCCAAAACUUUUAAGCAACGUCGCAUCAAGUUGGGCUUCACGCAAGGCGAUGUCGGCCUAGCCAUGGGCAAACUCUACGGCAAUGACUUUUCACAGACGACGAUUUCGCGUUUCGAAGCCUUAAAUCUGAGUUUUAAGAAUAUGUGCAAGUUGAAACCACUGCUGCAGAAAUGGCUGGAAGACGCUGAUCGAACGAUACAGGCGACUGGAGGCGUUUUCGACCCAGCUGCAUUGCAAACCGUGAGCACGCCUGAGGUUAUGGGGCGCCGCCGGAAAAAGCGCACUUCAAUCGAAACCUCGAUAAGGGGGGCUCUAGAAAAGGCCUUCAUGAUGAAUCAGAAACCCACAAGCGAGGAGAUCAGCCAAUUGGCCGACCGACUGUGCAUGGAAAAAGAGGUGGUGCGCGUUUGGUUCUGCAACCGACGGCAGAAGGAGAAGCGCAUCAAUCCGUCAAUGGACAGCCCGACCGGCGAACACGGCAGUGAGUCGCCUUACUUGAUGAUGCAGUGAAGCUUUUCGCUCCAUGCAUAAACCAGCAGUAAGACUAUGACUAGGCCUACAACUAUUUCGUAUUAAAUUAGGCCAUCAAAAUAAUGAUCCGGAGAUUCACUAUCCCUAUAUAUGUACAUACCUCUGAAUGGAUGUGUGUGUGUUUAACAAAUUGUCUACAUAUGUAUAUAUGUGAGACGAAGGGUACAUGGUAAUUGUACGUAUGUGCACACAUAUCUACGCACUGGGCUUAAAGCCUUCCAUGAAAAAGGUUCGCACAUACACACACGCAGAUACAUGUAUACGAAUUCCUAAGGUGACUUGCAUCUUGAAUUGGCGCAGGCUUUUAUAUGUGUUUGUGUGCUGUGUUAAAAGCACUUUAACAAUAAACAAUAACGAAAUAUUAUAUAAAUUUUAGUGUAUAUAGGCAAUAUGGAUAUUUUAUGAGAAAGCUGAAUAUGUUUUAUUACUAAAUGAUAAAUCAUAACUGAAGUAUUUUUGUGUGCAACGUUUAUGAUAUAAGUUACUAUUCUAAUAGCUGGUGUUUAUUUGUAAAUGUCAAUGUUUCUGGUGAAUUUGUGUUAGUUAGGUUAAUAGUAUUAAGAAUAACGGAAUAACCAGGGGUAUUUUGCAACAGUUUCAUCACAAACGCACACAAAUAACUGUGUGUGUGUGUAAAUCAGUUUAAAAAAAUGAUAAAACAAAAAGUGAACUUUGUAUGUAAAUAUAUACAUAAGUAUACUCGUAUGUAAUCAUAACUUACAAAGCUAAGAUUGGGAAAACUGUAUUUCACCGAGAUAUUUUGUAAAGCAAAAAUCGUGCUUUAGACGGAUAUCAACAUUGUUCAGUUUAGUUCAAGAAGUAUAGCAUAUACAUUGAAUAUAAGUAAGGUAUAUGUGUGGAUCGUCUCAUCUUUGUACAAUACGUAUGUAUGUAAGAACUUUAGUCUACUAUAAGUUACUAGCAAUUAGAUUAUAUUUAUUUGUUUUAAUACUGUGAUAAUAAGUAGAGGUUUAUUGAAAAUCUUCAUAAGGAAAAUUCCUGUAUAAAUUCCACGAAGAUAAUUUAUUGCAGUAAAAUAAAAGUAUGAAAAAAGAACAAAA